GGGGUGCCGGGGGCCGGGCAGGAAGGUGAGGGGCAGGAUUGUACCAGUAAAUAGACCCGGGCGAAGCAUGAAGCUGUACUGCCUGUCGGGACAUCCAACUUUACCAUGCAAUGUACUCAAGUUCAAAUCCACCACCAUCAUGUUGGAUUGCGGACUGGAUAUGACGUCUACUCUCAAUUUCCUCCCAUUGCCACUGGUUCAGAGUCCCAGGCUGUCCAGACUUCCUGGUUGGGUUUUGAAAGAUGGAAGCACGUUUCUGGACAAGGAACUAAAGGAGUGUUCUGGCCAUGUGUUUGUAGACUCUGUGCCUGAGUUCUGUUUACCAGAGACUGAGCUGCUUGACCUCUCCACAGUAGAUGUAAUCUUGAUCUCAAACUAUCACUGCAUGAUGGCGUUGCCCUAUAUCACAGAGUACACAGGAUUCACUGGCACAGUGUAUGCCACUGAGCCCACUGUUCAAAUUGGCAGACUUCUCAUGGAAGAACUGGUGAAUUCCAUUGAACGUGUGCCAAAGGCUCAGUCUGCCUCCAUGUGGAAGAACAAGGAGGUACAGAGAUUGCUGCCGGCCCCUCUGAAGGAUGCAGUGGAGGUGUCUAUGUGGAGAAAGUGCUACACGAUGCCAGAAGUGAAUGCUGCACUCAGUAAGAUCCAGCUGGUGGGGUAUUCUCAGAAAAUUGAACUGUUUGGUGCUGUGCAGGUCACCCCUCUCAGCUCCGGUUACGCUCUUGGAAGUUCCAAUUGGAUUAUCCAGUCACACUAUGAAAAAGUUUCCUAUGUUUCAGGAUCUUCUCUACUUACAACACACCCUCAGCCCAUGGACCAGGCUUCUCUUAAAAACAGUGAUGUUCUCAUCCUGACGGGUCUUACCCAAAUCCCUACUGCUAACCCAGAUGGCAUGGUAGGAGAAUUCUGCAGCAACCUGGCUAUGACUGUCCGGAAUGGAGGAAAUGUUCUGGUUCCCUGUUACCCCUCUGGAGUGAUAUAUGAUCUGCUGGAGUGCCUGUAUCAGUACAUUGACUCUGCUGGACUGUCCAAUGUCCCUUUUUAUUUUAUCUCACCUGUUGCCAACAGCUCCCUUGAGUUCUCCCAGAUUUUUGCCGAGUGGUUGUGUCAUAACAAACAAACAAAAGUAUAUCUUCCAGAACCUCCUUUUCCUCAUGCUGAGCUCAUUCAGACAAACAAAUUGAAACAUUAUCCCAGCAUCCAUGGAGACUUCAGCAAUGACUUCAAGCAGCCAUGUGUUGUGUUCACUGGACAUCCCUCCCUUAGAUUUGGGGACGUGGUUCAUUUCAUGGAGUUAUGGGGAAAAUCUAGCUUGAACACUGUUAUAUUCACUGAACCUGAUUUCUCUUACCUGGAUGCCUUGGCUCCUUAUCAGCCUUUGGCCAUGAAAUGUGUUUACUGCCCCAUUGACACAAGACUGAAUUUUAUUCAGGUGUCUAAAUUACUCAAAGAAGUCCAGCCCCUGCACGUGGUUUGCCCGGAGCAGUACACUCAGCCUCCCCCCACCCAGUCCCAUCGCACGGAUCUGAUGAUAGACUGCCAACCUCCACCCAUGUCCUACCGCCGGGCAGAGGUCCUGACCCUGCCUUACAAGCGGCGCUAUGAGAAGAUCGAAAUCAUGCCAGACCUUGCAGAUUCGCUUGUGCCCUUGGAGAUUAAGCCUGGUAUUUCCUUAGCAACAGUUUCUGCUGUGUUGCAUACUAAAGACAACAAGCAUGUGCUGCAGCUCCCUCCAAAACCUCCGCAGCCUCCCACCAGCAAGAAGAGAAAGCGAGUGAGUGACGACGUGCCGGAGUGCAAACCCUUGAAGCCCUUGUUGAGUGGCUCCAUUCCUGUGGACCAGUUUGUGCAGACACUCGAGAAGCAUGGUUUUGGUGACGUGAAGGUGGAGGACACAGCCAAGGGCCACAUUGUGCUUCUCCAGGAGGCAGAAACCCUCAUUCAGAUCGAGGAGGACUCCACACACAUCAUCUGUGACAAUGAUGAACCUUUGAGGGUGAAGCUGCGUGACCUGGUUCUCAAAUUCCUGCAGAAAUUUUAGCUGAGGGACAUUACGCUACUCUGCAAGGAGAGAUCCCAGAGCUUAGAGCUUUCCAGAAGGUGACCACAGGGGGAGAGAGAGAAUUCCAUGAUUCAAAGUGACCAGAAACCAACAUCCCAUUCAUGGAGAAAGAAGGAAUUGGUUUUAGCAUCUUCUCUAUUUUAAAAAGUUUAUUUUUAACCAGUUUUGGAAUACUUUGGAGGGGAUUCCUGUCCUGUAAAAUUGGGAGCUGGCAUCUUACAGGAGAUGUGAACUGCAGAGUAAAUAAACAGAGUGUAUAUUUACAAGGUCAGACACAGACA